AUCUCGAGCAGUAUAAAUUUGUUGACAGUGAAUUGAUAAACUGCACAUUUUUUCACGUCAGGACAGGAUGCCAGAUUUCUUUUGAUGAUGACUACAGUGCCUACUGGAUCUACUUUGUUAAUUUCCUGGGAACUUUGGCAGUGUUACCAGGGAAUAUUGUGUCAGCUCUCCUGAUGGAUAGAAUUGGACGGUUAACGAUGCUAGGUGGUUCCAUGGUUCUCUCUGGCAUCAGCUGUUUUUUCCUGUGGUUUGGGACCAGUGAAUCCAUGAUGAUAGGUAUGCUGUGCCUCUACAAUGGCCUCACCAUCUCAGCAUGGAACUCUCUAGAUGUCAUUACUGUGGAGCUGUAUCCUACAGACAGAAGGUCAACAGGCUUUGGCUUUUUGAAUGCACUAUGCAAAGCUGCAGCUGUACUUGGAAACUUAAUAUUCGGUUCCCUUGUUGGCAUCACCAAAGCAAUCCCUAUUCUCCUUGCUUCUACUGUUCUAGUAUGUGGAGGUCUGGUAGGACUUCGACUUCCUGACACAAGAACCCAGGUGUUGAUGUAA